AUGGGCAAUCAGCAUAAUAGACAAAAAACUAGUGUGAAAACACCAACAACAUCAACUAUCAAACAAAUUCAACAUAGUUCUGAUCAAUACCAAAUUAUUGAUCUUGAUGAAAUUGUCGAACAAUGGAUAUGGUAUAUGUGGAAUAGAACAAAAACAAAAUCAGUAUCUCAUUAUAAACGUGAAGAAUUACUUAUAACAAUCAAUUGGAACCAUGUUACAUUUACACAAAGUGAUGUACGUUUUUAUGGUUCGCCACCUGUACGCAUACCAAAAUCUCAAAUACUUUUUCGAACAAAUUUUACUAAUACAACAACAAAUGAACAAUUAUAUAUAUUUAAAACUGAACGUUGUACACGUUCUAUGUUUAAAUUUAUAUUUACACAUAUGUUAACAAAAUCAUCGAAAUCACCAAUUAUAUUUUGUUUACCAGAUGAAAUUGUUCAAUUAGGUGGAGGAGCAAAAUCUGAUCAAUCUGUAGAAAUUGGACAAGAUACUAUAAAAGAAUAUAAUAUGCGUUGGAAUGUAAAUAGUCAAAUACGUGUUGCACCUCAUACGUGUACAUAUGCUGAAUUAAAUAUCGAUGAAGAAGAAUUUCAUGGUGAUUUUUCUGUAUUUAUUGAAUUUUCUGGUCGUAUUACAGCAACUAUAGCAACUCGUCAAACACCAGAUAAUUAUUUAAGAUUUAUUGAUGGUAAUAUUAUUGAAAUAAUUCGUGAAACAAUGGAAAAUAAUCAUCAUCAAUUACAUGAUAUUGAAAUUAUUGAAAACGAUCCACCUAUCGUACGAUUUCAUAUGCGUGGUAAAUGUUCAUUUCGAUAUGGUGUUCAGCAGCAUGUUGUACUCAAACAAGAAUCUUUAAAUACUGAUAUACAUUUACAUAUUGCAGAUAAUUAA